AUGGGGUCUGUACUUCUGCCUGUGUCACUUUUGCUGGCGGCCACCUGCCUGGUUAGUGGGAGCCCUCCCACGCCCUCGGGGCCGUUCUGGGUGCACAUAAACCCGGAGGUGAAAGCCGUGCGGCCGGGGGGCUCGGUGUGGCUUAACUGCAGCCACAGCUGCCCCCUGCCGGAGAGCAGCAGCCUGCGCACGCAGCUGCAGCAGGGCGGGAUGCUCCGUGGGCCCGGGUGGAUAUCCUACCAGCUGCUGGACGUCCGGGCCUGGAGCUCCAACGUGCGCUGCGUCGUCACCUGCGCGGGAGAGACGCGGGAGGCCACAGCUACGAUCACCGCCUACAAAAGGCCCGACAGCGUGAUCAUGGAAGCUCCGGUCCUAGUGGGCCACAAGUAUACUCUGCGCUGCUAUGUGACGCACGUGUUUCCCGUGGGCUUCUUGGUGGUGACCUUUAAGCGAGGCAGCCGGGUUAUUUAUUUUGAAAGUCUGGAGCGCUUCACGGGUCCGAACCUGGCCAACGUGACAUUGACUUAUGUUGUGCGCGCUGGGCCCAACGACCUCUGGCAGCCCUUGACUUGCCACGCGCGCCUCAAUCUCGACGGCCUAGUGGUUCACAGCAGCUCAGCACCGGUUAUGCUGACAGUCCAGGCUUUGAGCCCAGUCGCCAAAGCCUUGGCCUCCACCUCCAUCGCAGCCCUGGUGGGGAUCCUUCUUGCUGUUGGGGUUGCCUACGUGCGCAAGUGCCUGGAGAUGCAGUCCCAGGCCUAAA